AUGACUUCUCUCUCCCCUCGGCCCCAACGCAGGCCGUCUCCACCCUCCUCUGAUUCCUCUGCCUCCUGUUCUUGCUCGACCCCCGGUUGCACAGGCUGCAUGCUGUGUGCACCCCCUCCGUUAAGCGAUGUUUUGAAUCUCCGUUUCUCCGAUGGCUCUUUUCUCCUCUCCCAUCUCCAUCGUCUCCUCCGACACCGCCUCCAUCUCGCCUCCCGCGGAUGGCUCCACAACCCCCUCCCUCUCCCCCUCCUCCUGUCCACUUCUUCCUCUUCUUCCUCUGCUUCCUCCUCUUCCUCGGUUUCCGCGUCUCUGAGCCGUCUCGAGGCGUCGCUUGAGGCGACGGCCUCUCCGCUGCAGCGGUGGAAGAAGCAGACGGCGCACGCGUCGCCUCGGGAGACAGCAAAGGAGACACCUCGUGCCCCGUCCGAGUCGCUCUCCCCACACUCGGUCGAGGCCGUCGCCAUGGAGCUGUCGAGGAAGUUGAGCUGCUGUCUGCAGUUGAAGGAGAAAACCAGCGUUCUCCUCCUCGGUCCGCCUGGAGCUGGAAAGACCACGGCGCUGGAGAUGGCAUUGAACGCAGUGCAGCGAAUUGCGCGCGAACAACGCGAACACCAGGCCUACUUGCAUUUCAAACGCGAGAACAAGACCGACACAACUCAGAACACAACCGGCGAUCCCCAGAACACGCCUCAGAGCAAGACGGAGGUUAAGGGCGAAGCCGCCGCUUCAUUUGCCUCGGAUUUCAACUCGGCGUGUGUCUCCUCGCCGCUUCGCCCCGCGCCGCCUUCUCUCUCUCUCUCUUCUCUCUCGGCUUCGACUUUGCUUCCCGAUCUUCUCGUGAUUCGCCUCUCCUGUCCGCUGUAUCGAGACGACGCCUCGCUCCUGUACGCGAUCGUGUCGCAGCUUGCGCGCGACUUGCGUUGCCAGAAGAUCCCGGCGCCCUCCGCCUCCGUCGAGGAGCUGUCGCACACCCUUCGGCUUAUACUCGAAGACAGCUGCUCGGUUUUUGGUCGCGCGGUCGUGAUCGUGUUGGAUCGCUUCGAGCGCUGCUGCCUGGACGCGGCGGGCGAGCGCAGGCGCCAGCAGCUUCUCUACAAUCUCUUUGAUUUGCAGCACGGGAGUGACCUCCAAAUCUGCACAGUGUGUGUGUCGGCAGUCCUCGACAUCACGCAGCACAUGGAGAAGCGGAUUCGCAGUCGGUUUUCCCUCCAGACGCUGUACGUCGCGGGUCCAGCGUCGUUCCCGAGGUUCUCGGACUUUCUCCGCAACAACCUCCUCGAUGUCACGGGACCGCUGCUGCUGCGCAGCGCGGCUGAAGCCGCGCGAACGGAGCGAUUCUUCCUCGCGUCUUUGGCGCUGGACGCGAGAGACAGCCUGGCCGAGGACGCGCGGGAGGAGGACACAUCCGGGAAGAGCCCGAAGAAACGACGCGCGGAGGCGGAGGAGAUUUCCCUGGAACGUCCGGCGGGCUGUGCUCCAGUCUCGGCCCGCGACGUGCUUCACGAGAUGUGCUGGGCACCGACGGAGACAGACCGCCUUUGCGCGCAAGUCUUCGCGCGCGCCUUCUGCGCCGCAGUAGAUGAAGAGUUCGCCGCGCAGCAGUUCCGGGCAAGUCGAAGGGAGAGGGAAAAAGAAGAGGAGACGCUGGCGUGCGAGAGGGAAGGAGGAGAGACGUGGGAAGAGGCGAAUCGCAAAGUCCUCGCGUCCACGUGGAGGAAAGAAACGCGCGUCAGACGACACGGACGAGAAGAGAAAGAGGAGGGAAGAAGAGAAUCGUGGAGGGACAAAGCCGGAAACAGACGUGAGAAGGCAAUUGCGCACCGCGAACGGGAACGUUUCUUUCGGAACUUCGCCCUAGGUCGCAGUGCGCGUUGGUUUUUCUCGGAGAUUGUCGAUGGUUUGUUGUCUCUCUCUGCGCCGUCGCAGGAGCUCUGCGCCUUUUCCGCACGCAGGUCAACGUCCCCGUUGAGCGCUGCACUCAGUCCCUGCCGGGAAAGUUUCUCGCCACUCUCUGCUCGCUCGUUGUCGCCUCGCCGCGCGUCGCCUCUCGCGGGCGACAACUCACCUCUUUUCUCGCGUGCACAUCCCGGAGGCGAAGACGAGAACAAGACGCCGCAAAAACGGAACCGCCAUGGCGACGGAGACGACGGCAAGGAGGGAGGAGACUUCUUGCGGUCCUUUGUCUCGCCGCUCUCUGCGUGUCGACUCGACGACCCGAGUCCCGGGAAGAAAGACGACUCGCCGCGACUCCUCCGCCGAGACGGAGAGGAAGAGAAGACGCAGUUCGCGCGCCUGAUUGGGGGUCUGCUGAGGGAGAGGAAGACGUUCAACAUUUUCCCGGAACUCAGUCUCUCCGAACACCUCGUCCUCGGAGCCAUGACUCGACUGCAUGCGCAUCAACGCGCCCCGAAGACUUUCCACUCCGUCGUCGAACAAGUCGCGCUCCUCUACGCUGACCUCGAUUUCAAACUCCAGCAUCCCAGCGCGGAGGGAUUGCGCCGGGCGUUUCUCCGCUUAGUCGACCUUGGCGUCCUUCACCUCUGCAGCUACUCGCUGCAGGCAGUCGGCUUCACUGGAGUUGCCUCAGACCCUUUCGGGACAUACGUCCCGUGCAAAUUCCCCGAGCAUGCAGCAUACAAGAAGGCGCUCGAAACGCUGAAGGUUCCGGGGGCGAUGAAGGAGUGGGUGUGCGCGUUCGAGUUUCGCGAUUUGUGA